GCCCGCGUGGCAGUUAUGCCGCCCGCGUCCGUUGCGGAGCGGGAAGAUGCCAUGAAGAAAGGCAUGGGGCAUCAACUGCCUGCAAUCCCGGCGGGUCGGCUCUCGCGGGCACGAGGGGCGGCACUUGGAUUCCCACGUUUUCCACCCACCAAGUCAGCAGCAGACCAUCCCCAUGACCCAUCCGCGGCGCGCCGCGUGGUUCCCCGCAGCCCCAGCCACCAUUUAACGCCUGACGACGCCGUGGUCACCGCACCAGACGCCAAUCCCCACCACCACCACCGCCUCCCAAGUCCCAGCCUGCCUCCUCCGUCCUCUCCCCCAAGCCCGUCUCGUCUCUGUUCCCGUGCACUCAGACUCAGCGGCGGCGAGAUGGACAGCGCCGACGCGGCGACGCCGGCGCCGCUCGGCGCGUGGGCGUGGAUCCGGGGAUACUUCACGCCGGCCACGCUCUUCCUCGUCGUCAACCUCGUCAUCGGCACCAUCGCGCUCACCUCCCGCGCCACCCAGCAGCGCCGUCGCAGGGAGCACUACUACCACGACGACGCCCACGGCCCCGGCCACCACCUCCAAGAGGAACCGCUGCACCCGCAGAUGGAGCAACCGGGGUACGGACACUACUACCACCCGGAGCAGACGCUGUACGCGGCGCCGCCUCCGCCCGCGCCGCUCGCGCGCACGUCCUCUGUUCUUGACCGGCUCAGGUCGCUCGGCCUCUACCGCUUCCGCUCCGGCGAGUUCCCGCCCGAGUACGGCGCUGCUGCUGCGGCGGCGGCGGCGCCGAACUACGCGCAGGAUGUGUCCGCUCCGGUGGGGGAGGAAGAGACGACCGCGACGGCGCACUACGCCAGGAGCCGGUCCGAGCCGGCGCCUUCUGCGCGGGAGGAUGAGAGGAGGCCGGCGCUGCCCAGGGUGAAGAAGUCGGGCCCGGAGGUGAGAAAAUCACAAGUGGCGCCGGCGCCGCCCAGGGUCGUCAAGGCGGUCGCCGAGGUCGACGACUCCGUGGAGGAAGCGGGGGCGGAGGAAGCCGUCGGCGGUUUCAGGCGGGUCCCGUCGCCGCUCCAGCAAGAGUACCACUACCAGGAAGAUUACGUUCCUCCUCCGGCGCGGGCGCGGGCGCGGGCGCCAGCGGCACCGGCCCCGCUGCAGCGCACGUCGUCCGUCCUGGACCGGCUCCGCUCGCUGGGGCUCUACGGCUUCCUCGCUCCCGACCAACCCACCGCCGCCGCGCCAGUUCCAGCGACCGAUGCCUUCGCCACCCACGGGGACGAGAACCGGCACGCGCACUACGACAGGAGCCGGUCCGAGCCGGCACCGGUGCAGGGCAAGAAGGAGAAGAAGCAGGAGGCGAAGUCAAGAAUGGCAAAGUCGGGCUCGGAGACGAGGAAGACGCCCGCUCCGAGGCCGGUGGAGGCCGGCGGCGAGUGCGUCAACGCGAGGGCGGAGGCAUUCAUCGACAGCUUCAGGCAGCAACAGCAGCAGGUGGUGCAGCACUACCAGGAGGAGGAGUACGUCCCGCCUCCAGCGCCCGCGCCGCUGUCGCGCACGUCGUCCGUCCUGGACCGCCUCCGCUCCUUCGGCCUCUACCGCUUCCGCUCCGGCGACCUGGGCCCCGACCUCCCCGCCGCCGCCGACACGGACGAGAAGGAGAAGGAGCAGACGGCGCACUACGGGCGGAGCCGGUCGGAGCCGGCGCGGGAGCAGGGCAAGAAGACGAACAAGCAGGAGGCGAGGAUGAGCAAGUCGAGCUCGAGCGGCGUCGUGGAGGAGGCGGCGGCGGCGGAGACGGAGCAGUGCGUGGACGCGCGCGCGGACGACUUCAUCAACAAGUUCAGGCAACAGCUGCAGCUGCAGCGGCUCAACUCGCUGCUCAACUACAAGGAGAUGCUCAACCGCGGCGGCGGCGGCGGCAAGCAGUAGGAGCCUAGCGUCGCCGCAUGAUCAGUCAUCUGUGCGUGCACGGCAGAGAAGGGUUGCAUGCAGGAAUUGGCUAGCUAGAUAGUAGGAUCCAAAUUCCAAAAACCUACUAAAACAUCAAUCUUUGGUCAACUACUAGAGUGUGGGUUAUACAGUGCUGUUCUUUUUUGGACUGGAACUAAUUAGUACAUGUAAGAAUUGCUAGUUUUUCAUCUUGUUAAUUUCGAGUCACCUGAAAAAUAAACGUCAACUGGUUUAUGUUCCUGGAA